CCCCCCACCUUCCUCCUCUCUUCUCUGCUAUUCUCCCUCCCUUCCUCGCCUCACGUCGUGGGCUGAUCUUCUUUUUGAUGUUAGAUUGCUGGACGGAUCCUCCUGUCGAAGGUCAGCGGCUUGCGACAGCUUCCCCAUCCGGUAACUACAUGGACUAGAGGCUGUUCUACCGAAAAGAUAGCGAAUGCUGUCCGGGAGAGUAUCAAGAAACAGGAAGCGAGUCUGAGGAGAAGGAUGAAGGACCUGGACGACAAUAUUGGUGGACUAGUAUUCAAGUUGGCACAGUUCUUUUUGUUACCGCCGCUUUGGUCUAUGGCAAGUGGGAAGUGAAAGAAUCUCUGUUCCCUAAGGGUAACAAUGGUUCUUCAUCUGUCAGCUAGGGUUUCUAUAUGCGUGCUACAGGAGCAAGGAAAGGCGUCAACAGAAUGUAGUUGUUGUGGACACGCAUUCAAGUGGGUUCUUCAUCUGCAAGCUAGAGUAUGUAUGUGCCUGUUGCAGGAGCAAGGCAUCGAUGAAAAACCUCUGUUGAAGACCCACAUUGCUGGUAUCUAUCGGAACACCUCCUGCAGCUGUCGAGCGUUGACUUACUACCACUGGACAUGUUUUUUUUGUGUUAACUUUACACCGACCAAUAUGUGGAUAUAUGACGGGAUAUGCAGCUCGAAGAGACGAAGCUGCUUCGAGGGAUGUUUUUUUUUUGUUGCAGUUUGGUGGUAAAUGCAUGCAAGGGUGAUAUGUGUUAGAAUUGGGUCGUUGGUGACAGAGAUUUUGUGGAACAUGCAACGUUAUUGCCUCACUUGGACAGAUCAAUUUCCUUUUUUCUGUUUGCAUGGA